GUUCAAGGAAGGAAUCAAAGCCGUGGGUGGAGAAAUUCAGCAUGAGUAUUCAUUGAUCAAGGGCUUCUCGUAAGUAAGAAAGAUGAUAUGUGACUAACAUACAGUGUCAAAUUGCCAUCGCUCCAUGUUGACUCCCUGCUGCACAAGAACGAAAACGUUGCUAGUGUGGAGGAAGAUCAGCAGGUUCACACCCAAUAAGACUUGAAUCACUUUUGAUUAGAGCCCAUGCGGCUCAAGGAUGUUUUGUAACACUGUUUCGGUGUUAUUGUUCUAUCUAUGGCUAUACCUAUUUUACAUUUUACAUAAUCACAAGAAAUGUUGACUUGACUAGAUUAAUUAAAUUAAAUGUGACUCUUCGCGAACUGUUUCCCCGCGGCGAUCGCCGGCACCUUCUCACAAUAUUUAAAUACGUAUCAGUCUCUGGGAAAUUUUUUUUGGUUUAACAGAUUCAUCUUCUGUUCAAAUAUUAAAUGGCUGACGUCGUACUAGGUGCCCAGUGGGGUGAUGAGGGAAAAGGAAAAUUAGUGGAUAUCCUCUGUGAUGACAUCGAGGUUUGUGCCAGGUGCCAAGGAGGAAACAACGCCGGCCACACCAUCGUUGUUGGAGACAAGAAGUACGACUUCCACAUGCUCCCAUCCGGACUUGUGAAUCCGAAGUGUGUCAACCUGGUGGGAUCUGGUGUUGUUGUGCACAUCCCUUCAUUUUUCGAGGAGCUGAGCAAGAUUGAGGAGCAAGGUCUCGACUGCAAAGACCGUCUUUUCUUAUCUUCCAGAGCGCACUUGGUGUUCGACUUCCACCAACGUGUUGACAAACUUAGAGAGGCGGAACUGUCCACCAAUAAGAAAUCCAUUGGUACCACCGGUAAAGGAAUCGGGCCAACUUAUGCCACCAAAGUGUCCAGAUCUGGUAUUAGAGUUCACCAUCUUGUUAGUGACGAGCCAGAUUCGUGGAACGAGUUCGAAACUAGACUGAGAAGACUUGUGGAUACUCGUUUCAAAAGAUAUGGCGAGUUCGACUUUGAUGUCGAAGCGGAGAUUGCCAAAUACAAGGAUCUGCGUGAAAAGAUCAAGCCCUUCGUGGUGGACUCGGUCCAGUUCAUGCACGAGGCUCUGAAAAAAAAGAAAAAGAUCCUUAUCGAGGGUGCAAACGCUUUGAUGUUGGACAUUGAUUUUGGAACCUAUCCUUAUGUGACAUCGUCCAAUACCGGCAUCGGAGGUGUCCUGACAGGACUUGGUAUUCCUCCUCAGAGCAUCAAGAACAUUUACGGUGUGGUUAAGGCUUACACCACCAGAGUCGGUGAAGGACCAUUUGCUACCGAACAAUUGAACGAGGUCGGCGAGAAGCUGCAGGAUAUUGGCCGCGAGUACGGAGUCACGACCGGGAGAAAGAGAAGAUGCGGAUGGCUGGAUCUUGUUGUGGUCAAGUACUCGUGUCUCAUCAAUGGAUAUACUUCCUUGAACAUUACCAAGCUAGACGUUUUGGAUACUUUCAAGGAGAUCAAGGUUGCUGUUGGAUACAGCUACAAGGGUAAAAAGCUCGAAUCGUUCCCUGAAGACUUGUACGUCCUAGAGAAAGUGGAUGUUGAUUAUGUCACUUUGCCGGGCUGGAACCAGGACAUUACCACUGUUAAGACCUACGACGCCCUGCCUGAAAAUGCCAAGAAGUAUCUUAAGUUUAUCGAGGACUUCUUGGGAGUCCCUGUCCAGUGGGUUGGAACUGGUCCAGGCAGAGACAACAUGCUGGAGAAACAAUCGUAAAGGGAAUCUAAACGCUGUCUAGAGAAUUGAUAUACGAAAAUUAAAUUUUU